AUGAAGUGUCUUGUUGCUGUUCUGGUCUGUGUGGUGCUUGCCGAGGGAAUCGUCAAGAUCCCUCUGGUGAAGAACAAGUCUAUGCGUGAGGCCCUGAGAGAGAAAGGCAUCAACCUGCCGUACCAGGACCCAGCUCUCAAAUACCAGCCAGAUGAGUUCGCCGGCUCCGCCAACAUGUACAUCAAUAACUACGCUGAUACCACCUACUAUGGAGCCAUCAGCAUUGGAACCCCCCCACAGUCCUUCCAGGUGCUGUUUGACACCGGAUCUGCCAAUCUGUGGGUGGACUCCGUCUACUGCAACACUCAGGCCUGCAACACGCACAAGAAGUUCAACCCCCAGCAGUCCUCCACCUACUCUGCCAAUGGAAGGUCUUUCUACCUGCCCUAUGGAGCUGGAAGUCUCUAUGGAGUCUUUGGAUAUGACACUGUCAACGUUGGCGGUAUUGUAAUCCAGAACCAGGAGAUCGGUCUUAGCACAAACGAGCCAGGCCAGAACUUUGUGGUCGCCAAGUUUGAUGGAAUCCUCGGCCUGUCCUACCCAAGCAUCUCAGCCGGAGGAGAGACCCCCGUCAUGGACAACAUGAUCAGUCAGAACCUGCUGCAGGCCAACAUCUUCUCUUUCUACCUCUCCAGGAAUGAACAGCAGGGCAGUGAGCUGUCCUUUGGUGGAGUGGACAACAGCAAGUACCAGGGCCAGAUCUACUGGACCCCCGUCACCUCCGAGACCUACUGGCAGAUUGGCGUUGAUGGAUUCCAGAUCAAUGGUCGGGAGACAGGCUGGUGCUCCCAGGGCUGCCAGUCCAUUGUGGACACUGGAACCUCCAUGCUGACCGCCCCACAGCAGGUGCUGGGAUACCUCAUGCAAGCUAUUGGAGCCCAGAGAAGCCAGUAUGGAAUGUACAUGGUGAACUGCAACCAGAUAUACAACAUGCCAACUCUUACCUUCGUCAUCAGUGGUGUUUCCUUCCCCCUGCCUCCCUCUGCUUACAUCAUGCAGCACUACCAGAAUGGAUACCAGUUCUGCACCGUGGGCAUCACCCCCACCUACCUGCCCUCUCGUAACGGCCAGCCCCUCUGGAUCUUUGGAGACGUUUUCCUCAGGGAGUACUACUCCGUCUACGACCGCACCAACAACCGUGUCGGCUUUGCCACAGCUGUCUGA